AUGUUCCGAUCGUUCGUUGACCUCUUCAGGCGAAUUGAUGAGCUCGACGACGAAGAGACCGAUGAGACCGACGACGAAGAGCAUCUGUCGCCGGAACCGCCGACUCCGACAGACUUCUGGGACCCGAUCGAGUACGGCAAAGAGGAACCGACCGAAGAAUGCGUGUUGACUGUGCUGCGACACAUUGCGGAGCUGAACGACCACCGGCCCCUGGGAGUAUUUGCCGAGCCCGAAGGUAACGAUGUGACCGAGAUUCACGCCCUGGUCCUGGGUCCCGUCGGCACUCCCUACGAAGGAGGCUUCUUCCACUUCGUGAUCCGCUGUCCCUCGGACUACCCUUCGAGACCACCGCUGGUUAGGCUAAUGACCACGGACUCGGGUAGGGUGCGGUUCCACCGAGCAUCUACGAAGACGGCAAGGUGUGUCUGGCGCUGGGGCACGGACACCACCGGACCUACUUGGACGGAGGACCGCAGUAUCGGAAACGUGAUGGCCGCCAUCAGGUGGAUGCUUGCGAGCGAGAAUCCCGUCGCCGAAGGGUCGGGUUUCGGUGUCCUACCGGCCUUGGGGACGUGGCUGAACAGCGACAUCUGCUACAACACCGUCUUGCAGCACGAAACUAUCAGGGUGGCGGUGUGCGACGCGGUCGAAGACUGCCUCAAGGGCACUUGCCCUUACCCUAACUCUCUGAGGAACGAGGUGUUGAAACACUUUCCACAGUUUUACGGCCAGUACGAGAAAGUGGUCCGGGAACGGCUGCCCAUGACGGGUUCCUUCAUGAACGACGCGCUCUACGGUGGCGUCGCCGUGUACCAGUACGACAGGCUACUGGCGCGUCUCCAGGACCUGCGCAGCGCGACUCCGACCGACAUUUGGGACCCGAUCCAGUACGUGAACAAGGAGCCGACCGAGAAAUGCCUGGUCUCCGUGCUGCGACACAUCAAGGAGCUGCACGUCCGCGGCCGGCGCCUCGGAAUAUUCAUCCAGCCGAGGACCAUGACGUGA